UGUACUACUUACUUGGCUUCGCAUGCUUAGAGUUUCUCGAAACAUUAUUAUAUACUCUAUCGCACCCUUCGUCAUCGCUGUUAUCCAGCCCAGCCCAGCCCAUCCUGACUCCUCUCCUCCAACUUCCUACCUAUUCAAAGAGAAACAUCACAACAACAACAAGUUGCAGCCGAUUCCUCGAAAUCUCGUCCACCUAAGGGUUAGUCGUCUGUCUCAUAUCCAGCGCAACAAGCUCGUCGCACGCAGCCAGUCGCAUACACGCCGCCUGAACGAGGUGUUCAAGCAACAUGGAUCCCCCAGACACCGCAAGUGAAGAGCGGCCUAAUUUACCCGACCGCAAAUCGCGCAAAUCCGUCGUCUUCAGUUCCGAAGCUAUUGUAGUUCAGCCCGACGGACAGCUCACCAUGUCGUCCACCGAGGAGAACAAGGAGGCCACCGCCAUCUCUCAUUCCACCCCUGCUGAAGAAGAGGAGCCUACAACACCACCUGAGGAUGGUGGCGCCCUAGAUCUUGGAAAGAAGAAGAAGAAGAAGCCCAAGAAGGACGCUGCCGAGGAUGGCGAGGCGCCCGCCGACGACGCCGCUGCCGCCGAUGGUGGUAUUGACCCAACGCUCAAGAAAAAGAAGAAGAAGAAGCCCAAGACGAAUGAUGAUGAAUUCGCCGCCAAACUGGCUGCCUUGAACCUCGAUAAAGAGGGUGAAGACAACGGAGAUGAGCAAGCUGGCGAUCCGGAGAAGGGCACUGGUAUCUGGCAACAUGACCAGACAACCCCCAUCCCCUAUAGCAUGCUCCUGGAUCGUUUCUACAGUCAACUUGCCGAGAAGAACCCCGACCACGCUUCUACAGGCUCUCGAAGCUACAAGAUCCCACCUCCUCAGUGCCUUCGUGAAGGCAACAAAAAGACGAUUUUUGCCAACAUUGAAGAAAUCACGAAGCGAAUGAAGCGAAGCUCGGAACAUGUUACCGCCUAUCUGUUCACGGAAUUAGGUACAACUGGCUCAGUGGACGGAUCAAAACGUUUGGUUAUCAAGGGCCGCUUCCAACAGAAACAACUUGAGAGUAUGUUAAGGAAAUACAUCAUCGAGUACGUCACAUGUCGUACUUGCAAGAGUCCCGACACAACCCUCGAGAAGGGAGAGAACCGUCUAUAUUUCAUGACUUGCAAUAGUUGCGGUUCGCGUCGUUCUGUUACCGCUAUCAAGAGUGGUUUCACAGCCCAGGUUGGCAAGAGGAAAAAGAUGCAGUAAAUGUUUUAAUGGACUGCUCGGAAUUCUGUCUUUCAUUUUUCGGGCGCAUGGUAUCUGUUUCUGAACGUAUUGGACGCAUUUGGGCCCAGGAAGGAUUAUAUGGAAUGAGAUUCAUGAUAUAACACAAUGUUGAUGAUGUGACACUGUGUUCACGUUCAUGGCCUGGUGGCCUGGAAUAUGCGGUUAUACUAGUCAUCCUUGCCACGAGACUAUCCGUGAUUGAUUACCUAUGAUAGAAUCCCAUUCUUGAGAGUAUCACAUACUGCUAUCAGUUUAGUCAUCGUGGAAAUUCACAUCUUCAACUCCCAAGACAUCUACAAAGUUACAACGGCUCCUCGUAGAUGUUGUCUGCAUUUCUAUGGCUUAGGUUGACUCAAAUAGAGCAAUAGUAGCAAAACUGUACUCAAGCCCGACACGGCGUGCCCAAGGGUGUAUACUAGUGGAACUAACCGAUAAUGUAGCAAGAAAACUAUCUGAGUAACUUACCACAGGCCACAUAUGUCUCUUCAAGGAUCAGGGGCCCAUAUGCUGUCUCUCCUCAAUAGUUAACACUAUAGUUUGAAAAGUAGAACCAACUAUAGCGCACAAUCUGCGGUCGGGCCUUGUUUUUACUGGCUUGGCUACUGCGCUGUGUCGCUGUUGCGUGUAUUUCACGGGGCGAUAAUGGAUUGUUUUGCGUCAAAAAUUCUCAUAUACGUAGU